ACCAAACCUCGACUUGCAGAGUCGUCAGUCUCAUUGCAAUGUGAGAUAACAUUAGAUUAAUGCAACACGAGACAGCUGUUCAAGUUAGUCGUAAUUCGAUAUAGCACCGUUUUUUUUUUCCACUAGGAACACUAAUAAAUAAUUACCGGUACUGUGUACUGAAGACACAGCUGAAUUUCUGUGAAACUGGUUUACACACACUACCAAAUUGCAUUAGCUGGUUUAAACAUUUGAAAUCAGCAAUCAUAUUCCUGUAAAUGCGGUGCACACACUGCGUACAACUGAAAAUCGCGUGCAACCUCUGUCUGAACAUAAAAAAAAACUGUUCAAAAUUAAAGCAUAUUCGUGUAUAAAUUGUUUAGCGUAAAAACAAAGCAUGCAUAUGAAUAUAAUCAUCGUAGUGUUUUGUUAGCCCUUGUAGCCUAGUUUUAUCCUUACUCUGUGCUAAAGCCCGUUGUUAUAUCUCCACUUCAACCCUGAUCUCCCAGUUCCUGGCUUCCCCGCCUGAUUGUCUCGCUGACAAGGGAAGAAGGGCGGCGCAGGUCGGGUCGGCGCUGGAUAGUUGAACUGCAACCAUCUUAGUUUUAUGAAGGAAAACUUUUUUUUCUUUUGUCAAACGUUUACACUUGACCGUGCAAAACCCUCCACCGAAGAAUUAGAUACUGACCUUUCUAUUGCGGGUGCAUAAAAUAAAAGCGAACAGCGCUGGAAAAGGAAAUAAAUAAAUAACAACCAAACGUGCCGGUUUUAAAAAAGCCGUGGACUGACGUCAUCGACAGAAGAAAAUGCUGGCCCGGGGGCAUGGCCUCUAAGUUUCUGCACAGGCUGCGGCGCACCCUCUUAAGGGAGGUGACGCUGCAGCCCCAGCUGGGCAGUGUGGAGGACUUCCCCGAGAGCUCGGAGCUGGACGAUGACACCGAGGGACUGUCCUCGCGGUUCAGCGGCACUCUCAGCUUCGAGGGGGAGCAGGAGCCGGAGUCGGAGGAUCCGGGAGAGAACUCCGAGCUGGACAGCGAUUCGGAUGUCCUGGAGGAUUCGGGAGAGAAUGGCACAGAGAGCGCAGAGAGCAGCCCGGCCUGCCAACCACCAGCCCACAACAUGCUGACGAAACAGCUGCAGGACAGCUGGAAGCAGAGCCGGACCCGGAGCAUCCCUGAGAGGCUGCUGUUCGAGGUGACCGACGCCAGUGUGGUGCAGGAGGGGACCUCCAAGUAUGUGCUCUACACCAUCCACGUGAUCAAGUCGGGUCAGUUUGAUAAAACCCCGUCGCUGAUCACCCGACGCUACACGGACUUCAACCGCCUGCACAGCCUGCUGAGGGGACUCUACGGGGACGAGAUGCGGGGCAUCGCCUUCCCCAGGAAGAAGCUGCGCAGAAACUUUGCUGCGGAGACUAUCGCCAAGCGCAGCCGUGCCUUCGAGCAGUACCUGACUCACCUGCACUCGCUGGCGGAGCUGCGCCGGGCCCCGCUGUUCCUGGAGUUCUUCUACCUGGGAGACCUGCAGGCAGGACAGAGCCUGCUGAGGGCUGGCCAGUACCAGGAGGCUGUGGGCUGCCUGCUCAAUGCCCUGGGCCUGCAGGAGAAGCUGGGCUGUCGGCCGCAGGGCCACUGGAUCUUCACGCUGGCCAUCCUGGUAGCCAGCUUUCAGGAGCUGGAGCAGCCAGAGGAGGCUCAGGAGUACUGCGAGCGGGCUCUCCAGGACCUGACCUCCCCCUCACUGCAGCGGCAGCAGCAGCAGCACCCCCUGCUGGUGCCUCUGCUGCAGGCCAUUGUCCGUCUGUCCUGGAAGGUCUCCAAGGACAAGCGUCAGUGGGAGUCCCAGCUCCAGCAGCUGAAGGACUCGGGGGUGGAUGCGGGCAGCCAGCCCAGCUUGAAGGAGUACCUGGUGAAGGAAAGCCUGGAGGGGAGUGAGGGAGGCAGGCACAAGGGGGGCGACGUGGCUUAAGUCUGGUUCCUACUGCAAUCGCGUGACCAUCGCUGAGGGCAAUUUCUCUAGUCUGUUAGUCGUGUGACUGUCUGGGAGACUGAUAGGAAGGUUGGGGUCAAUUAAUUUUAUUCAAUUCCAAUUCCAUUUUAAAAUCAAUUUCCAAUUCCCAUUCCCUUUUAAACAAUUCCAAAUCUAACGUCAAGUUGGGAUUGGAAUUUUGAAUUGAUGAGGAAAAGGAAAUGGAAUUGAUCCCCAGGCCUGGUAUCAAAGAAGUCUGGGUUUUCCUUUCAACUGGGGACAAGUAUGUUUAUUAAAAUCUUCACGGUUUUCCUAUACACGUAAAACUGCACCAACACCACCUGUACCAUUUUUUUUAACAAAACUAUACAUUAUGAUGUUUAUGUUUUGAAGCAAAAAACCUGAACUGGUUAUAGAUCCCAUUAGGAGGUUCAGGAUUGGGAACCACUAACUGAGUGGAUUAAAGGGAGGAACAUUUUUGAGGCAGACUUGCCCAAGAGUAGUGAGUUAAAGCUGAGAAGGCGUGUGACAUUGGUGUCAAGAACUAAGAACUUAACAGUACUGUGGCCUAGUCAUGUGUACAGCUAUAGGAUUUGGUGUGGCCUGGGCAUUCGAUGAGAACGGAGAUUCAUAUCUGUCCUGUGGUUUUAGAAGACAGAGAUCUUGGCACUAAAGACCUUGAGGCAGGGUUACUAGUUCAGAAAUAAAGCUCACCCUCUCUUUGAGAAUAGGGGUUGAGGCAGGGUGCUAUACCUACUUCUGUGUCUGCCAUUCCAAGCUGCUGCCCUGGUGCUCACAAAUAUGGAAACUCGUAUAUUGUAUUACCAGAGUGUGAGGGGAAAGUGCUCCGCUUGCCACAGUCGACAUGGCUGCUGUUACACUAAAGCCUUAGUUACACCACUCACUCUCCCCCAAGAGUGGAGCACCUACCAGCCUUUUCAGUUAUGCAGUGUAGGACUUUGUCAUGUCUUACUAUAGGCAGUAAUGCUGCUUAAGGUAUAAUUAGCUGUACACGUGGAUUAUUUGUGGAAUUAGUUAUAUAUAUAAAUUGUCUGUAAAGUCACCUUUUUAACUGGUCUUUGAAAUUAUAUUUUUAAUGCAAAUAAAUAUCUUUUUAAACUCUA